AUGCUUGUUUCCCGUCCACCCGCUUCUGUGACUAAGUGGCUCAAGGACCGUGUUCUUUCUGGCUUGGACUGGGACACCAUUGAACAGCUGGUGAACUGCUCUGACAUAUUUGAUUUGGAAUCCGAUUCAAUUAAGCCUCAGGGAUUUGCAGUCACCUACGACCGAUUCCAAUAUCUCAAGCUUACAUGUAUGACUGCACCCGCUAAGCAAGAUCCAGAUGCUCUCAAUUCCCUCACACUGUGGAAUACGCUGUAA